AUGGUCGAGACGAAACUGGAGCCUGAUACCAUUAUCUACAGUGCUGGGAUCAGCGCUUGCGAGAAAGGUCAGCAGUGGCAGCAGGCUCUGGCGCUGCUUAGCCAGAUGGUCGAGACGAAACUGGAGCCCGAUACCAUUAUCUACAGUGCUGGGAUCAGCGCUUGUGAGAAAGGUCAGCAGUGGCAGCAGGCUCUGGCGCUGCUUAGCCAGAUGGUCGAGACGAAACUGGAGCCCACUGCCAUCAACUACCACGCUGGGAUCAGCGCGUGCGAGAAAGGUCAGCAGUGGAAGCAGGCUCUGGCGCUGCUUAGCCACAUGGUCGAGACGAAACUGGAGCCCACCGUCAUCAGCUACAGUGCUGGGAUCAGCGCUUGCGAGAAAGGUCAGCAGUGGCAGCAGGCUCUGGCGCUGCUUAGCCAGAUGGUCGAGACGAAACUGAAGCCCGAUACCAUUAUCUACAGGGCUGGGAUCAGCGCUUGCGAGAAAGGUCAGCAGUGGCAGCAGGCUCUGGCGCUGCUUAGCCAGAUGGUCGAGACGAAACUGAAGCCCGAUACCAUUAUCUACAGUGCUGGGAUCAGCGCUUGCGGGAAUGGUCAGCAGUGGCAGCAGGCUCUGGCGCUGCUUAGCCAGAUGGUCGAGACGAAACUGGAGCCCGAUACCAUUAUCUACAGUGCUGGGAUCAGCGCUUGCGAGAAAGGUCAGCAGUGGCAGCAGGCUCUGGCGCUGCUUAGCCAGAUGGUCGAGACGAAACUGGAGCCCGAUACCAUUAUCUACAGUGCUGGGAUCAGCGCUUGCGAGAAAGGUCAGCAGUGGCAGCAGGCUCUGGCGCUGCUUAGCCAGAUGGUCGAGACGAAACUGGAGCCCGAUACCAUUAUCUACAGUGCUGGGAUCAGCGCUUGCGAGAAAGGUCAGCAGUGGCAACAGGCUCUGGCGCUGCUUAGCCAGAUGGUCGAGACGAAACUGGAGCCCACUCUCAUCUCUACUACAAUGCAGCGUUCACCGCUCUCAGCUACAGUGCUGGGAUCAGCGCGUGCGGGAAGGGCGUGCAGUGGCAGCGGGCGCUGGCGCUGCUGA